AGUCAGUCCCUAGAUCCUCCUCCCUCUCCCUCCUUCCCUCGUAGCAACGUAAUCUGUCUUAAUUCGCAACCGAUAAGACAAUAUCUCUGACUGCACAUGUUUGGCUCAUUAUUAUAUCCGCCGCGGAUUGCUUCGGAUUUCUUCGAGCGAGGGAGCGAGGGAUCCAUCGGUGACGAGGAACUCAGUCUAUUAAAAGGAGCUCUAAGCGAAAAGUGGCCUUUGACCUCGAUCAGAUAUAAUUUGCUUGCUGCCAGCAUCUCCAAGAUUCAUUCAUUCAUUCAUGCUUACGAGAUGAGAUUCUGCUGAGGGAGCAAGCGAGCGAGCGAGCGGGCUCUUUGAUCCCCGAGAAUGUAUCCAUGAGGGCGAGCUGCUAAUGCGGAUAGCGGCUCUCGAGAGAGUCGUGGCAUUAAUGAUGAGGAUGAGAUGGAUUAGGCCCGUCAUGUCUUUUCCGCCGACUUGCUGCCCCCGAUUCAACAUCGGAAUGAUGGAUGCGUCCGUCCGUGUGUGGACUCUUGAUUCAAGGUCGCCGUGUCUGUGUCACGUCCUUGCUGAUCAUACCAGGUCCGAGGCAACCAUGUACCCCAUGCUGGGAGCGAGAGGAGCGUGGACAAAUGGAUAGAUGCAUUGACAGGCCGGUGGGAUAACUGGGAAGCUCGUCCAGGGGAGCCAUACUGUCAACUGACCCUGAGAUUGAAAUAGAAUUCCACAGAGCGAGGAUUUCCAGAUUCAUUCAUGUGCCCAUGACGGAUCCACGCUCUCGUCCAAAUGUCGAGUCGAGUCGAGUCGAAUCGAAUCGCCAUCUGCUCCCUUUCCCCACCGUGUGUCGGUGUUCCACCGGGAAGGACUCUGAUCCUUCCCUGUUCGCCUGCGGGAGGGAGACUGCGAACAUUUCUCUGUGCUUGUCUGAACGAACGCAUAUUCCUCGAAAGUGCUGCAACACAUGGCCCGCAGGAAAGUCGGCAAUUCUGCUCCCGAAGUUUGGUGCAUCUUCUCCUCCUCUCUGUUUGGACAUCUCCGUAACCAGUCCUGCACUUUAUGGGCUCUAUUAAUGCCUUUUCUCGCAAAAUGUGGACGCGAGUUGCUUCUGAGACAACAUGGUCAGUAUUGAUUAUUGAUUCUUUAACAUUUUUAUGCGACUUUAGAUUAUAGAUAAAUCUUCAGUGGCCGAUACAAAGUGUUAUGCAAAGGAAUUUGCCUGAUGGAGAG